UGCCCCAUGCGGGGUAAUUCCCUCGCAAGGGGAAUUAGUAUAGUUUUUCAAAAGGGGGGAAGCAAUUAGGGGGUGAUUUUGUUUGAACCCCUCUCUUCCUACCACAAGGAGAGGGUAUUUGCCCCAUAGAGAGGGUGUCUGUACUGGGGAGUGGGGGAAGAAGGCGGUCUAAACUCACUCUCACGGCGUGGAGGGUUAGUAGUCCCUCAGCAAAGGGGCACGCUCGUUCUCUACGCUGCAACUGCCCCACGUCAAAGAAAACAUAGGCAGGUAUUCGCCCCGCCAAGAGUUUUUUUUUUUGGAGGGUGUAUAUUUUCCAGCAUCUCUUUUUCACAAUUAAUCCGAGUUAGUUUGUCUGCUGCAGCAGCAGCAAGGAAUUGACUCUGACCCAGUUCCCACGGUGAGAGGUAUCCUAGUAGUGGAACGAGGAGUUGUAGGGUGUCGUGCCCCAUCUAAGAGGGGUUGUUUGAGCCAAUUCUUUAAAAAGUAAAGGCGGUGUUGCCCCUACACAUACUCUUGCCUCAGUAGAGGUAGAGUGCAUGUGUUUGGGGUGGGGGUGGGGGCUCUUCUUUUUUUGGCCAUCCCUAGAUAAGAGAACUGAGGACUGAUUCCUAGAAAGGGUACUUAUUUGAGAGUAGGGAGGUGGGUUCUAUGGCUGCCGCCUCGCCUAUUGUCCCUAGUGGGGGCUCCCCAACAGGUGUCGGGGCCACCCCAGGGCUGUUGCAGCCCCGCUGGAAGCGAGUAGUUGGGUGGUCAGGCCCUGUGCCUCGACCGCGACAUGGGCAUAGAGCUGUGGCCAUCAAAGAGCUGAUUGUGGUCUUCGGAGGGGGCAACGAGGGCAUCGUGGAUGAGUUGCAUGUCUAUAACACAGCUACAAACCAGUGGUUCAUCCCAGCUGUGCGAGGAGACAUCCCCCCUGGUUGCGCCGCCUAUGGCUUUGUUUGUGAUGGGACUCGCCUGUUGGUGUUCGGGGGGAUGGUGGAGUAUGGCAAGUACAGCAACGACCUCUAUGAAUUGCAGGCCAGCCGUUGGGAGUGGAAGAGACUGAAGGCCAAGACUCCCAAGAAUGGCCCCCCACCCUGCCCACGCCUUGGCCAUAGCUUCUCAUUGGUGGGCAACAAGUGCUACCUUUUUGGGGGGCUGGCCAAUGACAGUGAAGACCCCAAGAAUAACAUUCCCAGGUAUCUGAAUGACCUCUAUAUCUUGGAGCUGCGUCCAGGCUCUGGUGUGGUGGCCUGGGACAUCCCCAUCACUUAUGGUGUACUGCCGCCCCCACGGGAGUCCCACACUGCUGUGGUGUACACCGAGAAGGACAACAAGAAAUCCAAGCUGGUCAUAUAUGGUGGCAUGAGCGGUUGCCGUCUUGGUGACCUCUGGACGCUUGACAUCGAUACUCUGACGUGGAAUAAGCCAACCCUGAGUGGGGUAGCUCCGCUCCCUCGCAGCUUGCAUUCAGCCACAACCAUCGGGAACAAGAUGUAUGUAUUUGGGGGCUGGGUGCCGCUUGUCAUGGACGAUGUCAAAGUAGCAACGCACGAAAAGGAAUGGAAAUGCACAAACACUCUGGCUUGCCUCAACCUAGACUCCAUGGCUUGGGAGCCCAUUCUGAUGGACACGCUGGAGGAUAAUAUUCCACGGGCACGAGCUGGGCACUGUGCAGUGGCCAUCAAUACCCGCUUGUAUAUCUGGAGUGGCCGUGAUGGCUACCGCAAGGCCUGGAAUAACCAGGUUUGCUGCAAGGAUCUCUGGUACCUUGAGACAGAGAAACCUCCGUCGCCUUCACGGGUGCAGCUGGUCCGUGCCAACACCAACUCCCUGGAAGUUAGCUGGGGCUCUGUCCCUACGGCUGACACUUACUUGCUGCAGCUGCAGAAGUACGACAUCCCAGCUGCCACCUCGCCAGCUGCCAACCCUGUACCCUCAGUGCCUGUCAACCCUCCCAAGAGCCCUGCGCCAGCUGCACCUGCACCUCCUGUGCAGCCCCUGGCUCAGAUGGGCAUCACCCUGCUGCCCCAGACCUCGGCUGUUGCUGCCGCCGCCGCCGCUGCUGCCGCUGCUCCUGCCCCACCUACCACAACCACCAUCCAGGUGCUGCCUACUGUGCCUAGCAGCCCAAUGCCAGUGGCGGCGGCCGCUGCCAUCGCCACUCCUCGCCCACAAGCUGUCCCAGCUGUGCUGAAGGUCACAGGCCCGCAAGCCACUGCGGGGGCUCCAUUGGUGACGGUGCGUUCAGCAGGGCAAGCUGGGAAGGGCCCAGUGACCGUAACUUCACUGCCAGCGGGGGUGCGCAUGGUGGUGCCCACACAGAACACGCAAGGGACGGUGAUUGGCAGCAGUCCCCAGAUGAGUGGCAUGGCUGCUCUGGCUGCUGCUGCUGCCGCCACUCAGAAAAUCCCGCCCUCCUCCGCCCCUACCGUGCUGAGCAUGCCUGCUGGCACCACACUAGUUAAGACUGUUGCUGUUUCCCCGGGCACAACCACGUUACCCACCACAGUUAAAGUAGCCUCUUCUCCAGUCAUGGUGAGCAACCCAGCCACCCGCAUGCUGAAGACAGCAGCUGCCCAGGUUGGCACCUCAGUCUCUUCGUCCACCACCAACACCCCGACCCGGCCCAUCAUCACUGUGCACAAGUCGGGCACUGUCACCGUAGCCCAGCAGGCCCAAGUGAUGACCACUGUGGUGGGUGGGGUGACGAAGACCAUCACCUUGGUGAAAAGUCCCAUAUCGGUGCCUGGAGGCAGUGCGUUGAUUUCCAACUUGGGUAAAGUGAUGUCUGUCGUUCAGACCAAGCCUGUCCAGACAUCAGCUGUGACAGGCCAAGCAUCAACUGGUCCUGUGACCCAGAUCAUCCAGACCAAAGGGCCCCUGCCGGCAGGCACUAUCCUGAAGCUGGUGACCUCAGCGGAUGGCAAGCCCACCACAAUCAUCACCAGCUCCCAGGCCGGCGGUACAGGUACCAAGCCCACCAUCCUGGGCAUCAGCAGUGUCUCCCCCAACACAACGAAGCCUGGCACCACCACCAUCAUCAAGACCAUCCCCAUGUCGGCUAUCAUUACUCAGGCAGGCGCCACAGGUGUCACCAGCAGUCCAGGGAUCAAGUCUCCCAUCACCAUCAUCACCACAAAAGUGAUGACUUCUGGCACUGGCACGCCUGCCAAGAUCAUCACAGCGGUACCCAAGCUGGCCACAGGUCACGGACAACAGGGCCUAACACAGCCGUUCAAAUUCCUGCCUUCACAGGUGGUGCUUAAAGGAGCACCAGGGCAGCCUGGAACUAUCCUGCGAACUGUCCCUAUGGGGGGAGUGCGGCUUGUCACCCCUGUCACUGUGUCCGCCGUCAAGCCCACUGUCACCACUCUGGUGGUGAAAGGAACGACAGGUGUCACAACUUUAGGCACCGUAACAGGCACUGUCUCAACCAGCCUGGCAGGAACUGGGGGACACAAUACCAACGCUUCCCUGGCUACACCCAUUACCACCCUGGGCACCAUCGCCACACUUUCUAGCCAGGUCAUCAAUCCAGCUGCCAUCACCGUCUCAGCAGCGCAGACCACGCUGACAGCAGCAGGGGGACUGAGCACCCCUACCAUCACGAUGCAGCCUGUCUCUCAGCCCACUCAAGUCACCCUGAUUACAACGCCGAGUGGCGUCGAGGCCCAGCCAGUGCACGACCUGCCUGUCUCUAUCUUGGCCUCGCCCACCACAGAGCAGCCCACAGCCACCGUCACCAUUGCAGAAUCAGGGCAGGGAGACCCACAGCCCGGCACUGUCACCCUGGUGUGCUCCAAUCCGCCCUGCGAGACGCAUGACACGGGCACCACCAACACGGCCACCACCACGGUUGUGGGUGCUUUGGGCGGGCCAGCCCAGUUGCAGUUUGUGUGUGAUGGGCAAGAGGGUGGCGGGCUCCAGCCCAAUGGGAGAGUGGUGCGGGUCUGCUCCAACCCUCCGUGUGAGACUCACGAGACGGGCACCACCAACACGGCGACCACGGCGCGGAGCGCUGGGCAGAAGGUGUGCUCCAACCCGCCCUGUGAAACUCACGAGACGGGCACCACCAACACGGCCACCACCUCCAAAACGGAGAAGGCAGCUACAGAGCCCCCGUGCCAAACUUUCCAGACUAGUGCCACUAGCACCACCAUGACGGUGAAGCCCAUUGUGGGCACAGGUCAGCUAGUGUGCUCCAAUCCACCCUGUGAGACCCACGAGACAGGCACCACCAACACAGCCACCACCGCCACCUCCAACAUGGGCCGGGGGCAACCGGAUGGUGGACAGAAAGAACCUGUCGACCCUCCGUGCCAAACGCAGCAGACGAAUACCACCAGCACCACCAUGUCGGCCAAAGCAGACGUUCCAACUGAGCAGCCCUGUGCAAUCCGAAAAGUAAGCUUUAAUUCGGCUGCCGGGACGUCCAGUGUUGCCUCCAGCGGCUCCACGUUACCGGCCAGCGAAAAACUACCAGCCCCGAAAAGCCUCCAAUGCGAAUCCCAUCACACCCACACCACCAACACGGCUACCACAGCUCGGUCUCUCAUGGGCCGAGGGCAGCCUGACGGCGAGUGGGUCGGAUCUGCCAACCCUCCGUGCCAAACGCAGCAGACCAACUCCACCAGCACCACCAUGUCGGCCAAAGCUGAUGUGCCUACGAAGCAGCCGUGCUCGGUGCAGAUGGUGUCACCGGAUUCGGCCACGAGCCCGGGCCAGCCGAGUGCACCUUGCAAUUCCCACAAAAUGGACACCACGGAAAGCAGCCCUCAGGUAUGCUCCAAUCCACCUUGUGAGACACACAAAACCGGCACCACCAACACAGCUACCGUUGCACCCUCGAACACGGGUGCCACCCAGCGGGUUUGCUCCAAUCCGCCUUGCGAAACCCACGAAACCGGCACCACCAACACAGCUACCGUGGCGGCCUCAAACCUGGGUGCCACCCAGCGGGUUUGCUCCAAUCCGCCUUGCGAAACCCACGAGACGGGCACCACCAACACAGCGACCACGGCCUCCUCCAGCAUGGGCACUGGGCAGCAGGUGUGCUCCAAUCCACCUUGUGAGACCCACGAGACUGGCACCACCAACACAGCCACCACGACAACCUCCAACAUGGGGGCCGGGCAGGUCGAAGCUGCCCAGCAAACGCCUGCGACGCCACCCUGUGAAACGCAGCAGACCAGCUCCACCAGCACCACCACGACCCCCAGCGUCGGAGGUGAUGGCCCCCAGCUUUCCAGCUCGGCCCCAGCACAGGGUGGGGGCUCGGAACCAGGAAGAGCCCCCACGGGAGAGACUCCAGGCCCUGAUGGAGCCCCGCCUCGGAGCCCCACGCCCAGAGUGUGCUCAAACCCUCCGUGUGAGACUCACGAGACGGGGACGACGCACACCGCCACCACUGUCACCUCCUCUAUGGGGUCUAACCAAGAUCAGCCACCUGCUACCAACGGCCAGCAGGGGGAGCCAGAGGCCCCUGUGAGCGAGAGUGCAGCCGCCAGCAGCCCCGGGGCCGUCACGACCACUGUUCCCGCCGCACAGACCCGGGCCGUCACCACCGUCACGCAGUCUACGCCUCCACCCGGGCCUUCAGUGCCGAACAUCUCUUCGUUGGCGGACGCACCUGCGGAAGAGGCAGCUCCCCCGGCCGAGGCUCCGGCUGCCACUAGCACGGAUGCCCUCCCAGGCCCCCCCGAGCCACUGCGGCCCUCUGUGGAGAUGCAGGCGGCGGUGGUGGCGGCGGCACCCCCCGAGCCUCAGGAGCCAGCUCAGGCUGCCCCCGCUGUCACUCCGCCCACAGCGACCCCACCGGCUGAAGCUGUCCCCCAAACGGAGCUCAUGGCUCCAGUGGAGGAGGCCCCAGCGGCCCAUGCCCAGGAGCCGGUGGCGAUGGUGGUGCUGCCCCAGGCCGCCCCGGCUGCUCCUCCCCCACCUUCGGAAGUGGAGCAGUUGGCGUUGCCCCAAGAGCUGAUGGCUGAGAGCCAGCCGGCCACCACCACGCUCAUGGUGACGGGGUUGAUGCCGGAGGAGCUAGCCGUGACGGCAGCUGCAGAGGCUGCCGCCCAAGCCGCUGCCACCGAAGAAGCGCAGGCCCUGGCCAUACAGGCGGUCUUGCAGGCUGCCCAGCAGGCCGUCAUGGGGCCUGGAGAGGCCAUGGAUACGUCUGAGGCGGCGGCACAAGCGGAGCUCGGUCACUUGGGCUCGGAGGGCCAUGAAGGCCAGGCCACCACCAUCCCCAUUGUGCUCACGCAGCAAGAACUGGCGGCCCUUGUGCAGCAGCAGCACCAACUUCAGGAGGCUCAGGCCCAGGCUCAAGCGGCGGCGGCAGCAGCAGCGGCGGCGGCGGCGGCAGCUCAGCAACAUCAACCUCCGCACCCACUGCCUUCCCAUCUGCCCACAGAAGCCCUGGCUCCUGCUGACAGCCUCAACGACCCGGCCAGCGAGAGCAAUGGCCUCAAUGAGCUGGCCAGCGCAGUCACCAGCACGGUCGGCCUGCUACCCCCCGCACCCACGGAGAGCCUUGCUCCAUCGAAUACUUUUGUGGCCCCGCAACCGGUGGUGGUGGCCAGCCCAGCAAAAUUGCAAGCAGCAGCUGCUCUGGCAGAGGUGGCCAAUGGGAUUGAGCCAGCUCCAGUGAAACCAGAACCUCCCGCCCAGCCUCCAAAAGUGGUUGUGAAGAAGGAAAACCAGUGGUUUGAUGUGGGUGUUGUCAAGGCAACCAACAUGAUGGUGACGCACUACUUCCUGCCUCCCGACGAUGCGCCUGCCACAGAGGAUGACUCGGGCACCAUACCAGAUUACUCCCAACUCAAGAAGCAGGAGCUGCAGCCUGGUACAGCUUAUAAGUUCCGAGUGGCAGGAAUCAACGCCUGCGGCCGGGGCCCGUUCAGUGAAAUCUCAGCAUUCAAGACCUGCCUGCCUGGCUUCCCUGGAGCACCCUGUGCCAUUAAAAUCAGCAAGAGUCCCGACGGAGCCCACCUGACUUGGGAGCCCCCUUCUGUCACUUCUGGGAAGAUCACGGAGUACUCUGUGUACCUGGCCAUCCAGAGCGCCCAGGCAGGCGAGCCAAAGAGUGCAGCCCCUGCCCAGCUGGCCUUCAUGCGGGUUUACUGUGGGCCCAGCCCCUCGUGCCUGGUGCAGUCAGCUAGUCUCUCCAAUGCCCACAUAGACUACACCACCAAGCCUGCCAUCAUUUUCCGCAUUGCUGCCCGCAACGAGAAGGGCUACGGCCCAGCCACACAAGUCCGGUGGCUGCAAGAAUCGAGUAAGGACGGCUCCAUGAUAAAACCAGCCCACAAGCGGCCGCUUUCUUCUCCUGAUCUGAAAACCGCUCCAAAGAAGCCCAAAGCAGAUGGGCAGUGAAGGGCAUCCCCAGCUGGCCCCUCUUCCUGCCUGCUCCACAGCCUCCGCCUGAACCCCCAGCCAGUCAGCCGCCCCUGUGUGUGGAGGAAGAUGGAACCGCCGAAAGCACAUUUCAUACACCGUGGGGCCGGACUCUUGGGGCAGAGGGGGCAGAAGAGACGCAGAGGCUCACGUGACGGAGCCCCAAGCAGGGGGCCGUCACUGUGCCGCUGUGCCCCAGCCUAGGAAGGGGGAGGAAGGAAGAGAGUUCCUCCCCUGCCCCCUGCUGCCACCCCCUUGACAUGGACACUGAUAUUCGGGGUGGGUUUCGAGGGGGACA